AUGAGGAAGAAGGAGAUCCCCACUUCACAGGAGGAAGCGUUUGGCUUCACUCCUCUCAAGUACCUCAUUCCUUCUCAAGAUGUUUCGACUCUCAGCUCCUCCUAUAAUAUCCACCUACAAGACAUUUCAGUCGCCAACCCUAGCACCAAGAUCAGUACUCUCGCACAAGUCUGGUCGAGUUUAGCCACAAAGGAUACCUACUUGGAACCAAUUGUUACUUACAUGAAAGAACUAGUUCAAGCAGAAUCUUCCACUAGCUAUGAAAAAUUGAACUUCAAAGGCGUAUUCGCUGUUGGCGAGCCUCAAGAACCCUCAUCUCACAUUAAUAAUGAUAAACCCAACACAGACCUUAAAUUGCAUUCUGAAUCCUACAUAGGUGAACAGCUCCUAGAUACUAUAUUUAACAUUCCUGUCAGCGAGAAUACCGCAAGUGAAACUAAAAAUCCUUCCAAAUCCACAAUAUCUCAAGAGCCAUCCGAAGCCACCAUGUCCCUGCCAUUGUCCCCUAUUAAGGACUUAUCGUCUCUCGACAUGUUCUACGAAGCGCCAUCAUUAAAGAAACGCAAAAUCACCGAGGAAUCUAAAAAAGAAGUUGUCAUGAAUACUUCUGACAACAUUGAAACCUCUCAUAAAGUCUACAUUGAUCCGAAUGAGUUACAAUUACUGUCAAUAAACCAAUUGAUUGGUCUAAUUAACUCCAUUGGUCUUGAUGACGCCAUCACUUCGUCAAGUUUGAGCAGAUUUUUCGUAUCUGCGGAUCCUACUAAAAACACAUCGACGUGCUUCACUGAUGGUGAUGCCACCUACGUUUUGAAUAAUGAACUUUUAUCCAAUAUUGAAGAUUUGCUAAAUAGGAUAUUUAGUGAAGAUAUGGUGAAAUCAGAUGACUUGCACGGCAGCGCUCAUCAGAAUAACGUGCUUGAUAGUAGAUAUUUGUCGAGAAUUGAGGCCCUAUGUGCGAUUUCCAUAAAACAUGGGUUAACAAUUCAAUUUGACGAAUCAUUUCGUCAAAUUUUUUCUGGCCAUUUAUCUAAUGAUACCCUUAAUUCCCUAAGUUUGGUUAGAAAUGCUCUACGAUCAUGCUCGGUUAUCCUCAUCAUUUUUCUUUCUGGAAGAAAAGAACAAAUGUUAUAUUUAGAAGACUACUUGGCGCCAUUAAUUGAAUUUGUAGCAAAUUUCACGGAGGAAUUUUUGUUGCCAUUGCUAAGUGGGUUUAAUGAGAUUCAAAUAUUCGAUUCUAAAAUAUUUGAUAAAUUGAAAAAUGAAUUGUUCAGCCCUGUCAAUUUACUCAUUCAAGCAUUGAAAAAAAUCGAUAAGUACACCAAUUUAGAAGCACCAAAAAAUAAUAGCAAACUGCAAAGUACACACAUACACUCCAGAUUAAAUGAAUAUUUGCUUACAAAAUUGGAGUAUCUUUGCAUUCAAAUGCUUUUUUUCGAUCAAAAAUUAUCUGCGGUUAAUAAGUCAGCAUCAUCGAAAAUUUUAUCUGAAAACACGAUCCAGGUUCUUAAGAAUACAGGCAUGGAUAUUUUGGUAUCAAUAUUCCGAAAGUAUCAAAGUCAAAGGUCUUUCAUUCUUGAAGAAAUUCUCAAUAACUUCAAUAUUCAAACCCUUGGAAACACAAAGCAUAACGCUCUGAGACAAUUCAAACUUAAUCAAAGGGGUCUAAAUGUUCAGCUGUUUACAAUUCUCGUACUUCGCUUGGUUCAGGCCUAUGACUUGGCUAACUAUACAUUCUCUAUCCCAAUUUGGAAAAAUUUCUUGUUUAAAUCUUCAUAUUAUGAAACAUUUCAAACUUCAAUUUUCAUUACCGAUCCCAAGACCGGGAAAAUUAAAAUAUCAUCAAAGGAGAAAUCAAAAUUGUAUCAAGAAAUAUCCAAUUUUCAAAAAUUUAUGGAGAACGAACGGAAUUCUCUCAAUACAGUAUGCGGCCAAAUUGCUUCAUUCAUGAUUAUUAAAUUAUCAGACAACCCGGACGCUGCCCAUAAAACAUUGGUUGAAAACUUCCUUGAAGACUUACUUUCUCUUAUUUCUUUGCCUGAAUGGGCCGGUGCUGAAACAUUGGUCCUAGCAAUAAUGAAUAUUUUGAUGUAUGUAUUCACAUCUGGCAAAUAUGCUGCGACAGUGGAGACUUUUGCUCUAGAAAUGAUUGGGCUUAUUGGCUGCAAGAUAUUGGCUUUAAAGAAAAAGAUCAAAAACAUUGAAGAGAACCACGAUAGUAGGAAAUUAAUGCUAUCAGUGUCAAUGAGUGUUAGUGGCUUCCAAGAUUUGGUCGAUAGAAAUGAGUCCUGUUUGAGUUACUUGAAAUAUCUAUCCAGCAUCAACAAAUUCUUCGAACCUAAUUUUCGAUUCUUUGUAUUUAAAUGGUUACAGUCAGUGGAAUAUUUGAAGCUAGAAUUUGUGGAGAAUGCAUUAAAGGAUGAAGAAAAUGAUAAUGGUGAAACUGCUGUCACAAAGGAAGAUGACUUAUUGAAGGAACUCACUAUAAUAAAGAAGCAGCGAAACAUCGAAAAGAAGUUGAACUCAAACUCUGCAUUGUACCGAAAGGUUGAAGGCGUUUUUUUGAAGUAUAUUUCCCAUAUCAAUGAUAAGAGUCUUGAUUUUAUAACUGAUGCAGACCUUAAAUCUGAAGAUUCUUCAAAUAAUACAUCGCUUGCUAAUUAUAAUCAUGUUCUAGCCUCACAAAACUUAAUGAACCUAUACGAUGCUUUCCUCAGUUUGGUUCUAAAUUCAUUGAACCAUUCCAAGGUCAAAUCUCGUACUAGGGCCAUCAAGAAUCUUUCCUUAGUUGUUAAACGUGACGCAACUAUUCUUGAUAAUUCAUCUUUGAGGAAGGUGUUGCUAGGGCGACUAAAUGAUCAAUCGCCGCUAGUGAGGGAUGCUAUAAUUGAUUUGAUUUGUCAGUACAUUAUUAACAGUAAACCAAAUAGCAACGAGGUUCCUGAUUCACCUGAAAAUAAUUCCCCUGCUAUAAAACAUGACUUUCAGCGAGCAGUAAUUGAAAGAAUAAAUGAUCCCUCCGCUGCAGUGCAGCGCCGUAUUUUGAAACUUAUAAACCUGGUUUACACUGACACUGAAUACAAAGAGCUCAAAGUCUUGAUCGCUACUAAUUUGCUAAGGGCCAUGCACCAUGAAGAUGCUCUGAUAAUUGAUAUGGCUGCUAAAAACUUGAUUGAUAUCUGGUUCACAGUGAUUCAAAAAGAAUUGGCAAAAAAGGCCACUAAUGAUUUCAUUGUCACUGACCUAGUUCUUGAUGGAGCGGAUAUUAUCACUAGUGCUAUCCACAAAAGUGAUAAGGUCUGGUCCCUAUUUGAAGAAUUUGCUCGCCAAUUCGUGCUAUUUAAUGGAGAGAAAGGUACCCAGCACAGAAGAAAAAUUAGCUUCUCAUUAAAGCAUGACGAAAUAAUGGAAAUCCUUCAAGUGUACAUCGAGAAAUUGAUUGAUUACGCUAUUAAGCAUACAGAUGAUCCAAAACAUGGUGACAAGGUGGAGCGAUUUAUCGGUUUGUUGGCAGUAUUAAGUAAAUGCAGCGGGUCAUUGAUCUCUCAAGACCAAUUAAUGUUACUACUGCCUUAUUUAAAUGAUGAUAAUUCCACCACUAGUGCCAUUUGUUAUCACGCUUUACAAAUUUUCAAGAACGCAUUGCCCCAAGCUACCUCUUUACGUCCUCAGUUCAUAAAAGAUUCGCAAUUGUCAUUGCUUAAAAGAUUGACCAAAUUUAAUGUUCGUGAGUUGAAUGAAGCUAUGCCUUGUAUUUGGGCGUUGUCUAUUAUGGACAAAGAUACCUCCAAGUUGGCUAACGCAUGUAUCUCCUGUCUUAAGCUAAUCAAACCAUUUGUGGAUAAGAUUCAACGCUCCCAAUUAAGUGCCACAGAACCGAAAUUGUUGAGGCUUUUAUAUUUGAUUGGAUCAUUUGGAAGGUACUGCAACUUUGAGAAAAAUCGCGAUUUAUUUGCUCUGGCUAAAAUUGGACUCAAGGAUGGGGAAAGUAUAACAAGUGUUAUAACCAAGUACAUUCUCUCUUUUUGCAAGGAGCUGGCAAGUAACCAAAUCCGCCGAGUUGCUAUCAGAAAUUUGAUUUCUGUAUGUAGUAAUCAUGCAAAGCUUUUUAUUUCUGAAUCUGUCCUAAAAAUCAUUGAUCGUGAAUUCGCCAAACCUGAUGAAACCAACCUUGAUGUUAAAGAAGUGAUUGUUCAAGGGAUCACCGAUUUCUUGAUACAAGAAGAAGAAAAUGCAAUCAAAAAGGCUGGACUUGGAAUUAGCACGUCCAGCGAUAUCAAACUUGAUGUGAAUGUUUUUCACGGUACUUAUUCAUCUAAAGAGAAUGAUGGAAUUUGUGCUCCCAUAGUCCAAAGAUACUUGGAGAAAGUAUUGGCCUUAUGUUUGCUUCAAUAUCAAAACACUUAUAUCUUUGUGAACUUUCUUGAACAAACAGUAAAGCAAGGUUUUGCAAACCCAAGGCUUGUUAUCACCACUAUCAUUGCUCUUGAGUUCUCUGGUAGUAACUUCAUCCGACGCUUGGCUCAUGAAAUGCAUCGGAAUCUUCACAACAAACAUGAGACUUUGGUUGAAAGUCGAUAUAUUGAAGGACUUAAACUAUCAUUUUCAAGGCACUCAAGCAAAUACCCAAAUGCCGUGGAUGUCAAUGCUUUUAAGGAAUUUUAUCAAAUCUUGUGCACCUCCAGAGCUUCUAAGAAGAAAUUUCUAAUAUCAUUGAGUAAAUCUUUCAACACUAUAGAUGUGAUAAAAAAUGAUGUGGGGUAUUGUGAGAAAUAUAAGAACUACGUGGAGUCCGUUGUGGCAAGACUAGGGAAAGUGGAGUUGAGUACACUAGAAGAAUAUUAUCUUGUUUGUCAAUCCAUUAAUAAGCAUUUGUUAAAACAUGCAGCUACUUUACAAGAUCAGUUUGAACUUCUUUCGUCUCCAGAACAAGAGAAUGAGGAAAUUAUCGACUCAAAACACCAACAGAAAAUCCUAAAUAAUAGUGAAUUGGAAAAUUGGAAAAAGCUUGCUUACGUAUCCCAGGCAUUUAUAUGCCUUUACAAAUACAAAAGCUUUAUAUGUGAACAAUAUCGAAUUCUGAGCUCCAAAUUGAGAGACUUUAAUCCUCAUAGAGUUGAGAAGGACCUUCUGAUGCCAUUGGCCAUUGGGAAUAGAAAAAAUUUGAGAAUUGAACCUUUGUGUAAUUUGUCAGAUCCCAAUGCCUAUGGGGAGUGCAAAAAUGUGUGCUCUACAUUCAUUGAUUUAUUUUUCAACAAACCUUUCAAGACUAGCUUCGUGGAAGAGGAAGUAAAGGAAGGAGCUGAGUACUUAUCAGAGGAAGAAGGUAGUGAUUGUGAUUAA